ACCUGGAGGACUGAGAAUCUCCAUAGACAAUAACGUGGGUUUUUUUUUUUUUUUUUGACUUGGUCUUCCUCCAUUCCAGGUCUCCAUCUUGCAGAGGGUUGCUUCUCCAGGAGACCACCUUUUCCUCUUAAACCACAUCCUCCGGUGUCCGGCUGGGGUCAGCAAGUGGGCUGCCCCAUUUGUUCAGAUCCAGAUACUGGGUAACCCAUCUGGUGUCUUCCACUUCAUGCAGGCCCUCGCUUUGCUCAUGUCUCCUGCCAAAAAUCGAGCGGAAUUUAUGUGCCACAUGAAGCCAAGCGAACGAAGACCUUCGUCACCAGGGGCCGAAUCUGGAAACUGGACUUUAGUAGAUGAAGGCGGAGAAGAGGAUGAAGAUCCUGAAACGAGCUGGGUUCUCCUUCUGGAAGAUGACCUGGUCGCUCUUUUAUCUCAGUUCCCUUUCCAUGAACUCUUCCAGCACAUGCUGGGCUUUGAUGCUGAAGGCAGCUACGUCUCCGAGAAAACAACUUCCCAAGACAUGAUGAAGGUACUUACCUUCGCCAAUUCUGUCGUGAAUCUUCUUGCUGUGGGGCUGGAAACCUUCAACCGAGCCCGUUACAGGCAGUUUGUGAAACGGAUCGGCCAUCUCAUCAGGUGA